AUGGCCAAAAGAAAGCUCGAGAAGUCGGCGGCUGCGGCGCUGCGGACGGAAGCUGGAUCGGGUGACCAUCCGGUUGCCACCAACGGCUCGAAAUCCAAAAAUUUCGAACCCUCAGAUGAGGAAUCUGCCGCAGACGAGGAAUCUGGAGCAGAUCUCGACGACUCAGAGGAAGAAGAAGAGGAGGAGGAAGAACAAAAAAACAACGGACCUGCUAAAAAGAAACAGAAGUCUCAGGUGACAGCCCAGGAUGUCCAGGUGGCCAGAGAGACGGCCGAACUUUUCAAAUCCAAUAUCUUCAAGCUUCAGAUAGACGAACUCGUGAACGAGGUCAAGAUCAAAGACAGCCACGUGGCCAAGAUCGAAAAGGCUCUCCACAGGCUCCACCACUGUAUUUCCCAGGUUCCUGCUACCGAGCAGCUUACGCUCGAGGAGGCUGAAAGCAAGAUCAACUCCAAGAAGCUCGUGAUUCCAUUUCCAGAUCCCAAACCCACCAAGGUCAACUACAAGUUUGCGUAUUUGCCACCGGAGAACGUGGCGCUUGUGGGCUCUUUUGGCUUGAAAACUGGCAUUGCCCAGCAGCACGGCCUGGGGAUCGAUAUCUCGCUUGUGAUGCCAAAACUGCUCUUUUCACCCAAGGACUACUUGAACUACAGGGCGUUGUACAAAAGAAGCUUCUAUAUGGCCUACUUGGCUGAGCACCUCAUCACGCUUACCAAGAAAGAACACUUGCCCGUCAAGAUGUCGUAUUUCUUCUUGAACGACGAUGUUCUUUGUCCUGUGCUCAAGUUGGAGUCCAUCAAAACCGACAACGAAGACGACUUGUGCUUCCACAAAACGAAGUUCACCAUUAACUUGAUUGUGUCGCUUCCGUUUGGUGUUUUCGACACCAAAAAGCUCUUGCCGGACAAAAACUGUAUUAGAGUCCAGAGCGACACUGAGGAGCUCCCGCCUACACCCUACUACAACUCGCUGGUUGUCUCCAUGACCACACAGGACUACUAUUUAAAAUACUUGUACAGAAACAAAAAGUCCGCCGAGGCCUUCAAAGACGCCUGUACUUUGGGCCGUUUGUGGCUCCAGCAGAGGGGUUUCGGAUCUGCUCUUAAUAAAGGUGGUUUUGGCCACUUCGAGUUUGCCAUUUUGCUUGCGGCCCUUCUCAAUGGUGGCGGUAACAAUGGAAAUAAGAUUCUCCUUCACGGCUUUUCCUCAUACCAAUUGUUCAAAGGUGCCAUUAAAUACUUGGCGACUAUGGACCUCACUUCAGGCUACCUCUCUUUUUCAAGCGACUUGGACCAAUCCAGCGCCUCCAAGUACGUUCCCGAGGCAGGCUUCAACACCCCCACAAUCUUCGACAAAAACGUCAAGCUCAACGUUUUGUGGAAAAUGAGCAAGCUGCUGUACCAGGCCUUGAAACAGCAUGCCAUUCAUUCUUUUGACUUGUUGAACGAUGUCGUGUACGACCGUUUCGAUGCGAUUUUCUUGCGCAAGAGCGGGCUGGAUAUGUUGAAGUACGACUUGGUUUUCAAGCUCACAGUCCCCGAGGAGCUCCACGACUCUUUUGGUGCGUUGGAGAAAAUCACCUUCAUCACCUUCGACAACUACAUCAAGCACAAGCUCUACAUAAUAUUGAAGAACGCUUUGGGCGAGAGAGCCACAAGCAUCGAGAUCAUCAACGACAAGGUGAACGAUCUUUUCCCUCUUGUCAAGAGGAAGCCUUCCUCCCAGCAUAGCGACUCAUACACCAUCGGCAUAGAAUUGAACCCCGACGAAUGCGACAAAAUCGUCACCAAGGGACCUAAUGACACAGACGAAGAAGCAGCAGCCCGUUUCCGCUCAUUCUGGGGAUCCAAGGCCUCGCUCCGAAGAUUCAAGGAUGGAACCAUCCAACACUGUGUGGUCUGGACGAUCGAAAACAAUGAACCUGUGGUUUCUCUGAUUGUCCAUUACGUGUUAGGCUUGCACCUCCACCCCACCAUUACCCAGCAUCUUACAUCCAUCAUCAGCAAGUUCAACGCCAAGCUUCCUAUUCCACUCUCUGCUUCGGCUGCUGGCCAGGGCGUUACUAGUACCACCAACUUCACGCUUUUGAAGGAGUCCUUUGAAGAAUUGUGCAAGAUCAUGUACAACUUAGAGCUCCCGUUGAGUGUGAAAUCCAUUUUGCCUGCGCUGGCUUCCUUGAGAAAUACCUCCAUUUUGCAACCAGUUCCAUUCGCAGUGUCAAAUCCUGAUUUCUGGAACGACGUGGUGUUGCAGUUUGAAACGUCCUCCAGGUGGCCUGACGAGAUCAAGGCUUUGGAAAAGACGAAAACCGCUUUCCUCUUGAAGGUGAGCGAAACGUUGAAUAAGGAAUCCACAUACAAGUGUUUCCUCACCAAGGACAAUUCCAUCCCCUACAUGGAAGACAUCACACUCAUGAACGUGCUCACGCCAGGUGGCUAUGGUUUCAGAUUCCGUGUUUUGAGUGAACGUGACGAAAUCUUGUACUUGCGUGCUGUUUCUAACGCUGGCACUCAAAAGGCUAUGGUUCAAAACGUAUAUCUCAAGUUCAACCAGAAGUACUUGGGUGCUGUCAAGCAUUCCCGUACUGUCAGCAUACUAUCAACACACUUCCCAUACUACUCCCCCACCGUUCGUUUAUUCAAACAGUGGCUUGACUCGCAGGUGCUUCUCAGUCACUUGAACGACGAGCUUGUGGAAUUGAUAGCGUUGAAGCCGUUCGUGGAUCCUGCUCCCCACAGUGUGCCUAAUUCUGUCGAAAAAGGAUUCCUUCAGGUUCUUGAAUUCGUUUCCUCCUGGAACUGGAAAGAUGACGGACUCAUUCUUGAUCUUGUCAAGCGUACAGAUGGAGACGAGCUCGAUAACAAGUUGAGCGACAAACUCACGAUCCGUGCGUACCAGGUGAUCCAGCUGAAUUUCGACAAAAUCAGGCAGACCGACCCCUCGGCCAUGAAAACUCAGUUUUUUGUGGGAUCGAGAGACGACCCUUCAGGUAUCUUAUGGUCCAGUGAUGUGACUCUUCCGAUUGCCAGUAGACUCACUGCGUUGGCCAGAGCAGCCAUGCAGAUGGUCCACCAGCAAGGCGUUGAAAACAGCCUCGACCUUCUUUUCACACCAGCACUCCACGACUUCGAUUUCCACCUCCAAUUGCGCAAAUCCGACCUCAACAAGCUGUCUGGAGUGUUGAAGCUGGGAGGUUACAAGAAUCUCAGCGGAAACUACACCUCCUUCCCCGACGACAUCACGUCACGCUACGACUUGGGUGCCGCCCUCGUGGACGAGCUCAACAAGGCCUUCGGCAAUGUGGUGCUUUUCUCCAGAAGAAAGUGUGUGGGACUCUACGAGGACAAUGUCGUCUGUGGAGUUUUCCUCCCCACGACAUCGAAAAAGUUCCGUGUGAGUUUGGGCAUGGACGUGAAGCCCGAGUCCAAGGAAGAGGUCAGUCUCAACAAGGAGUCGAUUCUCGAUCAGAUCAAGCUUUUGGGAGGAGACCUCAUUCGCAGCAUCAAGACGAAAAAGUCCCAGUAG